AUGGCCCUGCUGUGCUACAACCGGGGCUGCGGCCAGCGCUUCGACCCCGAGACGAAUUCCGACGAUGCUUGCACAUACCACCCAGGUGUUCCAGUCUUUCAUGAUGCAUUAAAGGGUUGGUCUUGCUGUAAGAGAAGAACAACUGAUUUUUCUGAUUUUUUAAGCAUUGCGGGCUGUACGAAAGGAAGGCAUAACAGUGAGAAGCCACCAGAACCAGUCAAACCUGAAGUCAAGACUACCGAGAAGAAAGAACUAUCUGAGUUGAAACCCAGAUUUCAGGAACACAUCAUUCAAGCCCCUAAACCAGUAGAAGCAAUAAAAAGGCCAAGCCCAGAUGAACCAAUGACAAAUUUGGAAUUAAAAAUAUCUGCCUCCCUAAAACAAGCACUCGAUAAACUUAAACUGUCAUCAGGGAAUGAAGAAAAUAAGAAAGAGGAAGACAGUGAUGAAAUUAAAGUUGGAACCUCAUGUAAAAAUGGAGGAUGCUCAAAGACAUAUCAGGGUCCACAGAGUCUAGAAGAAGUCUGUGUAUAUCAUUCUGGAGUACCUAUUUUCCAUGAAGGGAUGAAAUACUGGAGCUGUUGUAGAAGAAAAACUUCUGAUUUUAAUACAUUCUUAGCCCAGGAGGGCUGUACGACAGGGAAACACGCAUGGACUAAAAAGGAUGCUGGGAAAAAGGUGGUUCCAUGUAGACACGACUGGCAUCAGACUGGGGGUGAAGUCACCAUUUCAGUAUAUGCUAAAAAUUCACUUCCAGAACUUAGUCAGGUAGUGGCAAAUAGUACGUUGUUAAAUGUACACAUCGUAUUUGAAGGAGAGAAGGAAUUUCAUCAAAAUGUGAAAUUAUGGGGUGUGAUUGAUGUAAAGCGAAGCUAUGUAACUAUGACGGCAACAAAGAUUGAGAUCACCAUGAGAAAAGCUGAACCUAUGCAGUGGGCAAGCCUUGAACUGCCUGCAGCCAAAAACCAGGAAAAACAAAAAGAAGAUACAGCAGAAUGA